AUGGCAGGGCACCAGCCCUGGGACCCAAAUGGGUAUGGUGCAGGUGGUAUCAAAGCAGAUGAAGGACGCAUCACGAUAGGCUCUCUGGAAGGAUUCCAAACACCUGAGGCUAACAAUCUCCCCCACGCUCAUGUUUAUCCUUCACAUCCUGGCCAUCCUGGCCAUCCUGGAAAUCAGUUUGAUCUCCAAGGGCAGUUUCCGGAAGGGACUGUCCAGAUUCAUGGGCGAUACUAUGAAAGUCCCCAUGGUUUUGGUGGUGCAAACACAAAUGGAGGUGGUCUCCACGGCCAUGGCCAUGGCCAGUUCGAACAUCCGUAUCAGGGCUCUUCUUUCAACGUCAACCCAGGAUAUGAAACAGGAUUCUCCAAUAGGGAAGUUCACAGUCAGUUCGUGACUGAACAGCCUAGUCGAACUCAUAGCCAUACGCCGAGUGCUUUCAGUUCGCAGCCAUGGCAAGGCCCUCCGAUUCAACAGUUCCAGUCAGAUUUUGCCUUGAAUCCAGUUAACUAUGGUCAUCGUAAUGGCGACCAAACUUACCAGCAAAAUGUGAGCCCUUACCAAGGAAAUAAUUUCUUUAGUCCAGAAGUAUUCAGCGCCCGAAAUGGACAAACAGGCUUCAGAUCCCAACAAGCUCAACCUAUGCUUCAGUCUUAUCAGGGCCAUCAAACUGGAGGUGGAACUAUUAUGCAGUUCCAGCCUAGUCCAAUUGGAAAUGUUCAGGAAACUUCCGAUCAGAUUUACUCGCAGCAUCAACAGAUGCAAGGUAUUGUGCCGACACCUCAAGCACACCCCGCAACCGCAGCCGCAACAACGGUUGCUUCUCAAUUAACGGCAGUUGUGGGGCCACCGCCUUCAAAUGAUCAACUCAUUGCACAGGAACCCGACAGCUCUUGGGAAAAUCCUGACGGGUGCCCUUUCCUUCUUGUAAGGAAUCCACCGCCCACAAGGUUAGGCACAUAUUGCGACUUGAACCUACGAAGCACGGACAAAUCCUACAUCGCCAAAAACAACCUGCGCACAACUGCGCUAUUACCUUCUAGACAGGGUCGACUCCCCUGUGAAAUUCUGGCGGAACUUGAGCGCUUAAAAAAAGAACGCGACCAGGCACUUCAACCUGAGAAAAACAAGCUUGAAGGUCAGAUAGCCCAAUUAGAAAACGAACCGGUUAUUGUGUCUACAUCCAAAGACCUCAUACCUGCUGCACAAGCAAAGGUGAAAGCCAGUUCGAAACAUCAAGCUUCCAACAUGGAUUCUACUUCAAAGCCCAAAAGCUUAGAGAAUGUGCCUGAAGAUGAAGAAAACGCGACAGAUGCUACAGCACGAGAGAUCAAGUCAUCCGGUCGGCCAAGCGAUGCUCUUAAGGCCAUAGAGUAUGAUAUUAUCAACAUUCUCUGGCGCGAUCCCAAGCAUCCCGAAUUUCCACAUAAUUUGGUAAUCGACAAGCUCCAUGUCUUUGCCGAUUAUGUUAUAAACUUGUGGUCUAAGAGCAAAGACUUGAAGAGCAAAGUUGAUGAUGCCAAGAAGAAGAAUGAUCAGGCUAAAGCGACCUCACUUAAAGCUGAUUUGGACGCCACAUACGACACCAUCCGUGUUGCUAUCGAGGCCGCCAUCAUGUUUGGCGAUAGAUUUACCCUCACUCAAAUAGGUAUACAUACCAAAUUCCUAGGCAACCUUUCCAUUCUACUACGAACCCUCUUCGUGGCUGAAGACUACAACGGCCGCCUGCCGAAGGCUAUCUUGAAACUCCUCUCCCUAUUUGUUACGGUAGAAGUGGAGUUCUUGAAAGAGAGAGUCAAGCUGGAUCGCGUCCGACAGAAAUUUAAGGACAAUCUUGAUGAGGAAUCCACCGAUUACAUGGAUCAGAUCUUUGACAAUGCUAAGAAGCGUUCCGCAUUGAAAGCAGAGGAGACUCGAGAGGAUGUCAAGAAGAAUGAAGAUGGCAAAAAAGCUAUUCAGGGUCCUAAGAAGCCAUCUUCAAUGAGCAAUAAGGACCCUGUUAUAGCUCCUUCUUCUAAGACACCACUUUCGAAGAAUGAUGCUCUGUCAAAGAAGAACAACGCAGAGAUCAAGAGACCUAUUGACUAUUCUAGCCUUGGAUCGGCUAGAAAGGUUAGCAGUACGGCUGCAAAAUCAAGCCCUUCUCUUACCGCUUCCAAGAGGCCUGGGGAUGAUGGCGUCGAUUCGAGAGUCCCGAAGAAGCUUGCCGUCGAGAAUGCAGCCGGUGCUCCGUCGAGUGCCAAGACAUCAUCUAACGUAACUCCUGCAAUUCCCCAAAGUUCGUCAGCGAACGCACAGUCUCGCUCUAGGCCUAGCGGGUCAAUGCUCCCCGGUAGAUCACGAUCGUCUGCCAAGGUACAACCGAAGAAGCCGGUUGCUCGACAACCCGCCUCUUCCGCAAUCGGCGGUCUUCUCGCCGAGAUCAAUUCGGAGAAACCCAAGCAAGUCAAGGAACCGGAAAGAGCCCCAGAGACUCCAGAGGAGACUGAGAUCAGAUUGCGUAAGGAAGCAAAACGAAAGCUGCAUGUCACUUGGAAGCCUGACGGUGAACUCACCGAGAUACGUAUCUUGGAGCAUGAUACGGCGGAGGACAAAGGUCGGGAUGACAACAUGUUACGGGAUGCCCGGGACAACCGUUCUGAAGGUCAGGUGCUGAGAGAGUCAGUUCAACGGGAAAAGGAAGGGGUAGAUGAUGCUGAAGAAGACGAAGCCCGAGAGAAAACAAAUGGUAUUGCCCUACGAAAAUGGACCGAACCUAUCCCUUAUUCGCCGGCACAAAAGAGCCGCAUCUCUCAAAAGCGGCAAGAGGAAAUGUUUACCUCUCGUGGUGGCUUGCGUCCCGUUGAGUCCAAGCAGAAUAAGGUGAUGGAAGAAUACGAAAGCCGGGAGUUGAUGGCUAUAUACACGAGCUUCUCAGAAGUUCCCGCGACGCCUAGAUCACCAACUGGCCCGACGCAGUGGAAUGAAUCUCUACCGGCGAUGAAAUAUGCAGAGAUUCACCGUCGUUGGUCCGACAACAUAAAUUUCGGACGCGAGAUGGCACUAGUCAAUGCUCUCCAUAGAUUGAAAGCCUCACGCGGUCCGAUGAAUUUGCCUAACGUGGCGGCGCGUGGUCGCAGUGGAUGGGAUGCUUCGAUUGGAAGAGAUAAUGGGUCAGAAGUGCUUGCAUUACUACAAUCGGACAAAGUCAAGAACUACGUAGAUCCAGACCCAUUCGAUCCAGCGCGCCCCAAGACUCGCCGUCGGCAUGAUUACGGGGAUCCUAAGGUUCAAGCAGACAUCGAUGCUUUGGAGGAUACCUUUGCAAUGUUCAUCGGUAAACAGGCCCCUCCUAACCAGCCCCCCAUGCUUCAAGCAAAUGCUAGUCAACAAUACCAACAGCUGGUCCAGCCACAGCACGUUCAGGCACAACAGGCCCAGCCGCAGCCCCAGCAACAACUUCCACCAGAGUACUUGGAAGCUCUUCAGAAAAUCAAUGCUCUCAGUGCUGGUCAAGCUCUCCAACCUAGCGUCCAGCCUCCUGUGGCCCCUUCUUUUCAGCCGAAUCCUGUUGCCCAACAGCCAUUCUUUGCCGCGUUACUUCAACAAUCAGGGAUUUUAGACGCCUUAAAGAUAGCACCAGCACCCGCGUAUGCUACUCCUCAUGCGGUUCCCAAUGUUGCUACCAAUGCUGCUUCCCACGCCGCGCCUCAGGGCUAUUGGCCAGACUGGUCUCAGAACCAGCCUCAGAUUCAGCCCCAAACCAGCCAGGCAUAUACUGGUUAUGGUCAUAACAACCAGUCUUUCGGCAGUCAAUCCCAGCACAAUCAACCCCAGGCAACGCAAGGUCAGCAUGAUAGUAAUGACCGCGGUAACCGCAGGGAUUUCCGAGGCAACAGAGAGCAAAAGAACAUCAACCGCUCUCUCAUCGGCACGAAACCAUGCUCAUUCUGGGCGAAGGGUCAGUGUGCCAAGGGCAGCAAUUGCACAUUUCGGCACGACCCGAACGAUCUUCAGGACCAAGGCCAGAACUAG